UUUAUUGUAGUUCCGCGUAGAAGAAUAGAAUGAAAAUGAGAGUAGUGCGGUUUGCCGGCCAGAUCUGUUGAAGUUGGUGCUGUAACCUUAUGCAAAUGCAAUUACAAUUGCUAUGCUUCUCAUCUAUCUCUUAAUUUAGAUUCAGAUCUCUUAACUUCCUUCAUUGUUCAAUGAAGUUAUGAAUGCCAUCUAAUAAAAGAAGGCACAAUAAGAAGUAAUGUCAAAGAGACAAGCAAGUACCGCCAGACGUGGUGAUGGGGUUUUUCCCUUUUCUGGAGUCUUCAAUUCCAAAUCCAAAACUUCCCCACUGUCCGUAUCUCUCGUCCUCUUGGGAGCUAUCCUUCUCAUAAUUUAUGCUUUUGGUGGAUCAGGUCUUUCAGGAGGAAGAAAGAAUGUGGUUAGCAGGAUAGAAGGUGAUUUUUCAUGCACUUUUGAAGUUCCAAGUGCAAUUCCUGUUUUGAAGGAUGCAUAUGGUGGCAGCCUGAAAAAUGUUUUGCAUGUAGGCCCUGAGAGUUGUUCAGUGGUCUCCAAAUUGUUAAGUGAAGGGGAAACUGAAGCAUGGGGUUUGGAGCCAUAUGAAAUUGAGGAUGUUGAUAGACACUGCAAGGCUCUAGUGCAUAAAGGCAUUGUACGUGUUGCAGAUAUAAAAUUCCCUUUACCAUAUAGGCCAAAUUCUUUUUCUCAUGUUAUAGUGUCAGAUGCUUUCGAUUACCUAUCUCCAAAAUACAUGAACAAAACUCUUCCUGAGCUAGCGAGGGUAUCUGCUGAUGGCAUUAUUAUUUUCACAGGUUCCCCAGGUCAGCGGAGAGCUAAAAUAGCACAAUUUUCCAAAUUUGGCCGCCCAAGACUGCGAGUGAUAGAAGGUACAAAUUGAGAGUGAUUGAAGGCAGAUAAGAAACUGAGUGCAGAACCAGCUGUGUGUCUGAAGUUUGCACCUUGUAUCUGGGUGAUGGCAAAGGGUGGUGAGAUGAUUGCAGGUGGCUGCCCCAAAGGAAAUUUAGGAUUGCUAGUUGCAGAUGAAGUUAUAGCAAGAGAAUCCAUGCUUCUGUGCCGAACAAAGGUCUAGGGAUUUUUAAAACUGGGUCAAACAGUGGAGAUCAACAAUCCCAUGAAUUCAGGAUGAAGAUCAUAAUCCCACUUUAGUCUUUGCUCAGUGACUAUUGCGUGCACAAUUUAGCAUGCUAGGGACUCUCCAACUCAUGAUUCUGUGAUCCUACAAUUUAAAUUGUGGUUGUGAUAACUUAUUUUUGGCUUUGGUAUGUGUUUUAUAAGGUCUUGGACUCUCCAACUAUAACAACUAGCAUUAGUGGUGUGAUUUUAUUACGGUUCAUAUCAAUUGGCAUCGGAGCUUUCACCACGUUUCUCUGAUGCAAACGAGUAUUGUAGGUGGUGACACCUAGCAAUGUUAGGUUUGAAAAACCAGUCAAAGGGAUGGCGAGGGAGCACGGUGGGUGCUAGGAUCCAAUUACAAGCUACGGGACUUGAGCCCCUCAGUGGAAGUAGCAAUUUUGGUGUAGUGUUUAGAUGGUCUUGGACUUUAACUACAAUUUUGGUGGUGUUUAGAUGGUCUUGGACUCUAACUACAACAACUAGCUUGUGUUGCAGUUCUCCUAAGACUUUUAUCAAUUGGUAUCAGAGUUUUUCACUGUGUCUUUCAAUAGUAAAUGAGUGGUGUAGUUGGUGACACUGACAUUGCAGUGUUCACUUUGGAUUUGUCAAAGGGAUGAGAUGACCGUGGAGCACGGUGGAAUGUUAGGAUCGAAUUGUAAAAUGACUCUUUAGUCCCGCAUUGAAGGUAUGGCUGUGGGGGGUUCAUAGGGUUUGGUUUCUCCAUUUACACCGACUAGUUUUAUAACGUGGUUCUCUAAAUUUUCUUAUUACUUAUCUCUCUAUUUAGCUCCUCUAAAAUGAUGUGGAGGAUAUUCCUUAGAGAUUUGAAUAACUUUAUAAUUUGUUUCUGGAUUUGAUUACAAUAUUAUUAACUAUUUUUGUGUUCUAUUUAUGUUCUGUAUGAUUAUAACUACAGUUCAUUUCCUCCUAUUACACCGAAUAGUUUUAUAGUGUGGUUCUCUAAAGGUUCUUAUUACUUAUCUUUCAAUUUAGCUCUUUUAAAAUGAUAUGGAGGAUAUUCCUUUGAGAUUUAAAUAACUAUAAUUAAGUGUCUGAAAUUUGGUAUCAAUUUUUCAAUGACAUGGACUAUCGGACAAACUAUUAUUGACAAAUGCCGAUUGUGCUAGCUUGAAUACCCGUAUAAUAAUGUUCGUUCAUGGUGGGUUUUGUCUUUUUAGCCUAAAGUUGAAUAUCAUAUUUAGGUAUUAAUAAUAGAAAUGUUUCCUGAGUUUUAACCACCUUACUACCAGCAGUAAUAUUGUUUUUGAAGACAAUUUUCUUAUCCUGAUUUAUAAACAUU